AUGAACGUGGUCGGCGUGUUGUCCUGCCUCAGCCUGCUGCUAGCUGCCGCUGCUAGCCAGGAGCCCAAGCCCUGCGUCGCUCCGGCCUUGAUGAGCGGAGGUCUCACUGUGAUGACUGUCGGAGCUAUCUCUUCCACCGGAACAGUCAGCUAUGAUGCUAUUGGUCAGAGGAUGAGAGUCAAGACCAUGGGGCUCGAAGCCAACCAGACCGCUAUUCUGGACACGCUGAUGCUUUUCAAUAAGAAAGUCUACUAUGAGAUCAACUGGAGCAAAUUCACCUGCAAGAAGAAGAAGCUGGACACAGACUUCAUCCCCAUGCAGGUUCCCUCUGAUGCCAAGCUGAUGGGUCAGGUGUUCAUGGGCUCCUCCUCCUUCUGGGGGAUGGGAGUGCUGACCAACACUUGGUACGGAUAUCUGCCAGGGAACGGCGUGUACUCAAGUGUGUUCACGGAGAUCGGCUGCGUCCCCAUGACCUUCUCGUCCUACACUCCUGAGUCUGAUUGGAUCACUGUCAGCACCUUUAACUGGGUUUUGGGGAACUCCAACCCCAUGGACUUCUUCCCUCCUUUCAUCUGUGCCAAGGCUCAGCUGGAGGAGACGGAGACGCCCGCCAACAUGUUCGCCGUCCUCAAGUCUCUGGCUUUGAGGGACAAGAUGGAGGAGUAAACAUCUGAAGAGUGUCAGCAACUGAAUCUCGGUUAAAUGAAAACUUAAAAUGGUUCUAUAUGAAUAUUUUGGGGUCGACAGUGAGAACUGCACAAGGAGACCUUCCUCUGUAGCUGCAUCCCUGCAACAGCAAGCGCCCCCCCCCGUCAGACUCCUUAAUAAAAUAAAUUAAAAGCA